AUGAGACAUCAGGUCACACAUAAAAGUGAGCUCGCCAUUCAGUCCUCCCCCAGUGAAGCAUCGACUUCGAAAAGUGGAGGUGUACUAGAUCAGAAGACUAGUGCCAGCCUAAAGUCCAAAUGGCCUGUCUCCGAAGAUCUCUACGGGUCUGACUUACCGUGUCGCGUCCAAGGCGAGGUGGCGGACCUUGUUGUCCUGGGCGACAUUCCGCCAGAGAUCGACGGCACCUUCUAUCGAGUCACUGUUGACCCAUACGUACCUCCCCAUCCGCGGAACGUGCCCCUAGAUGGUGAUGGCAACAUCACGGCGCUCCGUUUUGAAGACGGGAAGGUCGACCUGAAAGUGCGCUAUGUCGAAACUGAGCGAUUGCAAAUCGAACGCAAGGCUGGAAAGGCUAUGUUCGGCUUAUACCGCAACCCAUUUUCGCAUCAUCCAUGCGUGAAGGCUGCAGUGGACUCGACGGCCAACACAAACUUGGUGCUUUGGGCGGGUAAAUUUCUGGCCUUGAAAGAGGGAGGUCUUCCAUAUCAGGUCGACCCGCACACCCUGGAUACCAUCACAUAUGAUCCUUUCCAGGACCAGGGGAUCAAGUCGAAGACGUUCACUGCGCAUCCGAAGAUCGACCCCUUCAGCGACGAGCUCGUAGUCCAUGGGUAUGAGGCCAAAGGACUCGCAAGCACCGACAUUGUCGUUUACGCCCUGGACAAGGAUGGCAAAAAGAAGGAUGAGCAGUGGAUCAAGAGUCCGCGGUGUGGGCCAAUCCACGACUGUGCCAUCACUCCCAAUUGGCUAAUCUUGGUCAUGUGGCCGUUCGAGGCUAACGUUGAGAGGAUGAAGAAAGGCGGCCAUCACUGGGCCUGGAGCUACGACUUGCCCGCCACUUUCAUCGUGGUUCCGAGACGCAAGAGUACCAAGCUCCCGGAUGGAUGGCAGGAGGGCGAGUACAGGGUCUACCACGAUCGGAAUGUGAUGCUAAUCCACACGGCCGGGGCUUGGGAGGCAGAUGACGGCAACACGCUCUUUAUCGAGACGACAAGAGUCCAUGACAACGGAUUCCCCUUCUUCCCACCCGAUGAUGGAAGGAUGCCCGCUGCCGAUGCGAAGGCUGAUUUUGUGCGGUUCAAGCUGGACCUGAGUCAGCCCACAGGGAGCAAGCUCGCUGGUGAGCCUGAAGUCGUGCUUGACAUCCCAGCCGAGUUCCCGCGCCUCGAUGAGCGUUUCCUUUCCAAGCCAUAUGAUGUCUCCUGGAUCAACGUCAUGACUCCGGCUGAGCACCGAGGCCAGGUGGCCACAGGAGAGGAGCAUCUGCUCGGGUUUGGCGGGUUGGAUGGGGUGGCUAUGCAUCGCUACUCCACCGGCGAGACCAAGAUUUACUGGACAGGAUUUGACGGGAUUUGCCAGGAACCCAUCUUCAUCCCUCGCUCGGAUGACGCUCCUGAAGGCGAUGGGUGGGUGAUGUGCAUGGUGGAGAGGAGAGCUGCCAACCUUUGUGAGGUGAUUCUCUUGGACACGAAAGACUUCACGAAGCCCGUGGCCAUCAUCAAAUUGCCCUUCCAUGUUAAGAACCAGGUACACGGAAAUUGGAUCGACCAGAGGAGGCUGAAAGAAAGGCGAAGCUUGGUGAAAGAGGGAGUGGACGUCAAGAUUAGCAAGAGGGGGGCCUUGGAGACUUGGGACAUAGAGUAG